CGCAUACUAGAGAUUGACAUUCAAUCAUAUUAAGCCUGGAUUACAUCCCAAACUCACCCCGCAAACCGAAAGCACAUAUCCUUCAAUCGAAUUCGCGACUCGUCUGAUUCAAUUCACAGACCAAUCAUCGCCAUGGACAAGCACAAUGAAGUUGUGAAACAGAUAUCAGCUCGACUGAAAUACUUGCAUUCUCGCAAAGAACCGUUCAGAAUCUUCCAUGGCUCAACCAAUUCGACCAGAAAUUAUUCUGUUGAUCGCAAUCGGAUGAUUGAUACCAGUUCUCUCAAUCAUGUUCUCGGUGUGGACAAGUCGUCGAAAACGGCCCUGGUGGAACCAAACGUUCCUAUGGACAAGCUCGUGGAAGCGACGUUACCUUUCGGUCUGGUCCCGCCUGUUGUUAUGGAAUUCAAGGGAAUCACUGCUGGAGGCGGGUUUAGUGGUACCGGCGGCGAGAGUUCUAGCUUCAAGCAUGGCUCUUUCGACUGUACAGUGAACUGGAUUGAAAUCUUAUUGGCUGAUGGUGAAAUCACAAAGGCUUCGCCAAAGUUGCUUCCGGAUCUGUUCUAUGGCUCUACCAGCUCGUUGGGUACGUUAGGUGUGACCACUCUGAUGGAGGUCCAGCUCGUCGAUGCGAAGAGAUAUGUUGAAACCACCUACACUCCGUGCGGAUCUCUCGAAGAAACACUGGAGAAAGUGAAGACUGCUAGUGCAGAUUUAGAAAACGAUUACGUAGACGGUUUUCUUAUGUCUUUGAACAGGGGCAUUGUGGUCACUGGUCGCCUGACUUCAUCCGUCUCGCACGAGACACGCAUCCAGCGUUUCCAAGGCGCGCGGGAUCCUUGGUUCUACAUGCAUGCGGACAGAACAACAAGGAAAGCUCGAGGACCGGUCACGGAAGCAGUACCUCUAGCAGACUACCUCUUUCGCUAUGAUCGCGGUGCAUUCUGGAUGGGAAAAUAUGCUUUCAACUAUUUCAUGGUUCCUUUCAACCGCAUCACACGUUGGGCUCUGGACGACUUCAUGCAGACCAGCACCAUGUAUCAUGCUCUGCAUGCCAGUGGACAUAUGCAACAGUACAUUAUCCAAGACCUGGCUAUACCUGCUGCUAACGUCAAAGACUUCAUCAAUGCAGUCGACCAAACCUUUGACUUCUAUCCGUUAUGGCUAUGUCCGAUGAAGCCAUGGACACAGCAGUCUUCGUUCCAUCCACAUGGCAUUGAUACCAAUCUACUCAUUAACGUUGGUGUUUGGGGUCCGAACGGUGCAAGCACUCCUGAGGAAGGGAUUGAGAGAAAUCGCAAAUUGGAAAGCCUCGUCAAGCAGCAUGGUGGCAGGAAAUGGUUGUAUGCUCAAGCAUUCUAUACUGAGUCGGAGUUCUGGGAUAUCUAUGACGAGAAGUCUUAUCUGGAUUUGAGGAAAAAGUAUAGAGCUGAGUAUCUACCGAGUGCUUUCAAUAAGGCUUGUGCGAUUGGUAAUGGCACAAGUCAAACAGGUCAACCAGGAUGGACCGAGUGGGCUACUCAGAAGGCUUGGGGUAUAUGGCCAGUCUCUGGAGUAUAUGGAGUCUUGCAGACAUUGGUCAGCAAGGAAUAUCUGCUCAAGAAGUGAUAUUUCUGUUGAUAGCUAUCGAAAGGAAGCAGCUACUGGAAGAAUGAUCAUGGAACCAGUCCCAGUCACCAGCUACAGCAUCAGCUUGUCACAUCAAAUGAAGACCAGAAUUAUCCUGAUCGUACGAUACAGCAAACAGCAC